UGCGCACUUCCUCAGAUAUAUUCGCAAAACUAAGCAUCUAUCUUCUAACUGGGUAGGAUCAUGCUAAUAUAGACAGUAUGAGCUUUUAUACCCGUCCUCGUUACAAUUCCCGUCUUCAUGCACGUAAAAAACUAAAGACAACCGCUAAGCGGAACAGAACUCUUUCGAAAUACAUACUUUCCGGUUGCUGCGCCCGCCCGUAUGAGAGCUGCCACGCCGCCUUUCCCGGGACCCUUGGCGCCUGCCUGCCGACGCGCUCUGAUUCGCCGUUUUGAAAGCAACGGCGUGGUGCCAUUGGUGCGUUGGAAGCGGCUCAGCGCGGUUAAUUUGACUGCCGUCUCUCGGCCUUUGGCUUGCAAAGUUGAGCGCUUAAGUUUGCAAGAAAAAUCAGAAGAGCGCCUGAAGUUGGCUUAGGCUGCGCGGGUCUGGUCCGAUCACACAGCAAUGGAUGACUAUACAAAAAUAGAGAAGAUUGGUGAAGGAACUUACGGUGUUGUAUAUAAAGGAAAACACAAAGCUACGGGCCAGGUGGUCGCCAUGAAAAAGAUCCGAUUAGAGAGCGAAGAAGAAGGCGUUCCCAGCACUGCCAUCCGUGAGGUUUCCUUAUUGAAAGAGCUUCAUCACCCCAAUAUAGUCUGUCUUCAGGAUGUGCUUAUGCAAGAUUCCAGGCUCUACCUUAUCUUUGAAUUUCUUUCGAUGGAUCUCAAGAAAUACUUGGACUCUAUCCCAUCUGGACAGUAUCUAGACCACAUGCUUGUUAAGAGUUACUUGUACCAAAUCUUGCAAGGUAUCGUGUUCUGUCAUUCAAGAAGGAUUCUGCACAGAGACCUGAAACCUCAGAACUUGUUAAUAGAUGACAAUGGAGUAAUCAAACUGGCUGACUUUGGGCUGGCUCGAGCUUUUGGUAUCCCCGUGCGGGUUUACACACAUGAGGUAGUCACCCUGUGGUACAGAUCCCCAGAAGUGCUACUAGGCUCUGCACGUUACGCAACCCCUGUGGAUAUAUGGAGCAUAGGCACCAUCUUUGCCGAAAUGGCAACCAAGAAACCGCUCUUCCACGGGGACUCUGAAAUCGACCAGCUCUUCAGAAUUUUCAGAGCACUGGGGACACCCAACAACGAUGUGUGGCCCGAAGUCGAGUCUCUGCAAGAUUACAAGAACACGUUCCCCAAGUGGAAGCCCAGCAGCCUGUCGUCACAGGUCAAAAACCUGGAUGAAGAUGGCCUGGACCUGCUUUCUAAAAUGUUAAUCUACGACCCUGCAAAGAGAAUUUCUGGUCGCACGGCCCUGAACCACCCAUAUUUUGACGACUUGGACAAAUCUAAACUUCCAGCCAGUCGGUUCAAGAAAUGCUAAUCGCCCUAAAAGCACCCAAAUGAGUUUUGGGUGGGGGGGGGAAGAUACUAAAACUUGGUGGUAUUUUCACUAUCACACUUCCUCUAACUUCUGUUUUAUAUGUGUCUGUCUUUGUCCUGUUCUGUCACCCUAGCCCUGUUUAAUAGAGUGCUCCGGUUUCAGUGUAAAUAUUAACCUAUUCACUACCGAAUAAAGUUGUAAGCUGUUAAUGCAACACAUAUUAUUAUAAAUAAAUGGUUUAAAGACA